UACAAUCUUAUGCUACUGUUCGAUUUCUAGCUAUUGGAAGAGUAUGAUAAUGGUCUUCAGAACUCUGUUCUUCCUCUUCUUUGCAAUUUUCUUAGUUAUUACAAAGGUUUCAGCUUAUGAGUUUGAGAACGAAAAUGCCAAGAAGCCGAAGGCAUUGAUUCAUGGCAACGUGCAAACUCCACCACUUCCUGUAAACAAGGUUUACGAUGACGAGAAAACUAAUCUUCAGAAUUUUAUCGACUGGAUCUGGAACACCAUCCCUAAACCUAAGCCGGAGACGCCGCCAAAUCCGACCCCGAAAGUGCCGCAAAAUCCGAUGCCAAAUGUGCCACCACCUUCAAAAAAGGCACCCCCACCACCACCGGAGAAAGAAGGAGAAGACGUUGGUAAAACAAUCAAGCCCGCCCCCUACCAUCAAGACUUCCAGCCGCCACCCAAUUUUACACCAUUAAGGCCCCGAGCUAUAUCUUUAAAUGAUUGCCUGAGUGUAGCAUGCAGAAACCGUCCAAGGGAGCAUGCAUGAUCUGUUGCGACCCACUGCAAAUGUGUUCCAUCCGGACCUUCUGGCCGCAAAGGGAAACAUGUGGCCCCUGCUACACUCAAAUAAGAAUACAAGUCAUACAACGCCCUUGAAAUAAAAUAGCUAGCCUCGUUUUUUCAAACCCUAUAUAUUUCCUCAAGUUAAGAAUAAUAUUAAACGCUAUAUCAAAAAGACAUUCUUCAAGAUCAAUUUUCUUGACUUGAAAUGCAAUAGAGUAGAUAAUUUCCAACCGUUUCUUUAGAAAAUUAUUAUACAAACUCAAAAAAUAAAAUCUGUAUAAUUUUUCUAUUGUGAUUCUAGUUCUAACUCCUUC